AUGAAGCAGGGAUGCAUCCUGGAGCACUUUCAAUCGCGCGUAUCCACAACCACAGUUCACGAACUUCUCUUCACCGAUGACUGCGGCCUCAACACCACCUCGGAAGAGGACACGCAAAGUAGCAUGGCCCUCUUCUCCGCCGCCUGCGAGAACUUCGGUCUGAUCAUCAACAUGGAGAAGACGGUGGUCAUGCAUCAACCGCCACCAAACGCAACUCUUCCCCACAAUGCGCCACAAGUUAGCAUGAACAGGACCCGACUGCAAGUGGUGGACAACUUCCCGUACCUGGGCAGUACCCCCCACCACAGCACGAAAAUCGAUGACGAAAUUGCCCGCAGGAUCUCAAAGGCCAGUCAGGCCUUCGGCCGCCUUCAAAGCACAGUUUGGAAUCGUCAUGGUCUCCAGCUCAGCAAGAAGCUUAAGAUGUGCACGGCCGUCACCCUUACGACGCUGUUGCACGGAGCAGACUUGAACUGUGUACACGAAGCAGGCAUGCUGACUCAACCACUUCCACCUCAGCUGUCUUCGUCGCAUCCUGAGGCUGAAAUGGCGGGAUCGAAUCCCCGACACGGAUGUACUAGAGGGAACUGGAAUCUUCAGCAGCCAAACCAUGCUGAGACAACUGCAGCUGCGCUAGAGCGGCUACCUCGUGCGGAUGGAUGA